UUAAAACUUUUAAACAUGGGGUCAAAGGUCAUACUGGUUACAUUAUUUUUGCACUUAUUUAUCGGGGCGGCUCAAGUAACAUUUGCAAUGGAAAUGGCCGAGGAAAUGGAAAGAUACUUCAAAAUGAUCGAAAGUGAAAUGAAACGUAAGAGACAAUUGUCUUCCGAUACUCGACUCGAUCCAAAGCCACCGUAUCAAUCUGCUACAAGCUCUAGCAGUAACAAUGAUCUCAUCUAUACAACGACAUCUAGGACCUGCAGCAUUGAUCCUUUGGCAAACGUAGAUGAAAAUUCCCGAGGGCCCCGAAGCAAGAGACAGCACGGAGUUCUGAUCGAAACACCGGUAAGAUGGCAUAAGAAUUCUUUUACUUACAAACUGCAUAAUUACCCUACGUCAUUGACUGAAAAAGAGACGAGUCAUGCUAUUCUUCGUGCUUUUAAUAUUUGGUCGAAAUACUCAGAUCUCAGUUUCCAUGAAACGAAAGAAGAGAGAGCGGAUUUUCAUCUCAGAUUUCAUAAAGGCGAUCACGGCGACGGAGUAUCCUUGGCUUUCGAUGGGCCUGGAGGCCAUCUUGCGCAUGCCCAUUGUCCACAGUCUGGAGAAAUACAUUUCGAUGCUGACGAAAAUUGGGGAUUACGUGCAUCAAAGUUACGUCAUAGACUAGUGACGUCAUCAACUGGAAAAAGGUCGAUUGUACUUGGAGCGGAAAUAUACAGUCUUGUAUUGGUGGCGUUGCAUGAAAUCGGUCACGCUCUUGGGCUUCAACACACAGAUGAGGUGCACGGAGUCAUGUAUCCGUUGUAUUCGGAAAGAAUUUUGCAAGGGAAGAUACUGUUACAUGAGAGUGAUAUUGAAGCCCUACAGAACUUGUACGGCCCCAGAACUCGACCACGCAUAAGACCAUAUUUUGAAGAAAUGCCGAUUUUCAAGAAAAUCAAUGAGAGAAGGAAGAUCGACCCUCCGAAUCCCUGCAAUACAACGAUAGAUGCAAUGUUUUCAGCUGAAGGUAUUACUUAUUUCUUCAAAGGAAGAUACUAUUGGACGAUGAAUGAAACUACAAGAUCUGUAACAAAACCGGAUAAGAUUCGAAGACGUUACCGACUGUCGAAGCCGAGAAUUGACGCGAGUUGCUAUUCGGAGUUUAGUAAAAGAACUUAUAUAUUUUCGGGUCACAAAUAUUGGCGCCAUUUUGAUGGUCGUUGUGAAACCGGAUAUCCGCGGCUUGUCCGGAACCACCGGAUACCAACAAAACCGGACGCCGCAAUCCACAUACCGGGGACACAUUACAUGGUUAUUUUCAAGAAGAAACGUUACUAUAUCUUCGAUGAAUUGAACGAAAAAGUGAAAGAGUUUUAUCCACAAGACUCGAGACAAAUUUUACCUCAAGAUUCACUUCCGCUAGAUGCCGCUAUAGGGCUACACUCAGUGGCAUAUUUCGUGUCAAGGAAAACAGUUUUAAAACUUGAAAGACAUAAUUUAGAGAGAUUAUUCUUGCGAAGAGAGCCGGUUUUCAUACCUAAGAUUUACACAGAUCUGAAUUCGGCACAUUUUAUGCCUCUAUGCAAUUAGUACUAAAGAAGGGGCUGCCUCGCUCGUAGAGUAAUAUAUUGAGUAGACAAUGUUGAAACAGAACGAUUCCAGUCUUUUCAAAUCAGGUUGUGCGACAUUUUUGUCGUUGGGCCAUAUUACCAACUUCAGACAUCUUGCUGGACCUCACAAACAGUUUAGUUUUUCCAUGUACACAACGAAUAAAAAAAGUUCCCGCAGUACAAAAUGUUGGGAGAAUUGAAAUUUCGAGUUCUUGCAUAGUUUCUUGUUAACAUAAACUGUCGGAUCAGGUAGGAUUUUACACUUGAUGGGGAAAAUAUGA